CCAGGCUAUCUAAAGAAAUAAGCGUUGUCUUAUUCGAGCCUAAUGUCCUUUUCCAACGCCGCCUAAUAGUUCAUAUUCCCACCGAGCGCUUUACCUGAAAUCCAGAACGCAUCAGGAACUGAAGCCUAAUUAUAAUGCUCGGCCUAGGGGCGUAUGAAAGCAGCAGUGAUGAAGAAGUGGGAAACAAUUUGCCCUCAGUACCAUCGAAGAAGAUCGCUAGCCAGCAAGCACAGCCGCAAGAAGUGACUAAAGCUACAGAAAUCCCCAACGAAGCCACACCAUCGAAAGAGAUACCUGCUCCAGACACAGACAGGCCUGUUCUUGGACCGACGCAUGAAGGCUCACAAGAUCCACAACAGCAACCAGCCGAAAAUUCACAAGUCUUCUUAGCGGACCGAGCAUUGAUCCAUGACCUAACACUUCCUCCGUUACCAAAUCUAGACAUACCACCAUCUCCCCCUGGCUCUCCUAACCCUGCAGCGAAUGCCAAAAUCGCACACUUCUUGACCUUGAAGAAACAGGGUAUGCAUUUCAACGAAAAGUUAGCCGGGUCUACAUCCCUCAAGAACCCAAGUUUACUGAAGAAAAUGAUGGAUCAUGCCGGAAUUGAUGAUCAAGCGCAGUAUCACACAUCAUUACCACCUGAAGUAUGGAGUAUCAACGAUCUGCCAAGUUGGGGGUAUAAAGAGGAACUUUUGAAAGCGCAGAGGGAAAUUCAGAUUGGGGCUGAAGAAAGGAAGUCCGCAGGACAAAGGGAUGCUAUCAACUUUGUGGCUGCCACGCCUAGCGAGUCCUCCCGUACAGGCCCUAUUUCUAGCUCAAGGACAAAACAAAGGUAAUAUGCGAUGGAUAUUCCAGAGUGCAAAAAUCUCUGCCAAUGACAGCCGGGACAGUACGACCCGGCGUACAAUGCUUGGGAAGCAAAGAAAGGUCCUCCGGCCCCAAAGCCUAUGAUGGGAGGCCUCCUCGUGAAAGGAAAGUUAUCUGCCGGUGAUAGUCUUUCUGUCACAGAAUAACUAUAUAACGUCUAUUUCUAGGGCCAAAAAAAGGAGAACGUAGCACUAGUGAAUACCCGUUGUUUUGCAGGGACGACUGUUUCUUAGUAGCUGGAGGAGGGACCCAGCCUUCUUUAAGGGGGCCAAUCUAUAAAACAUCUUUCCCCUCCCCCCUCCACUAAACAAGUGUCUCAUCAAAUCAGUUCAAAUAUAAGUAACAGGCAAUGGAAAUAUAUAUGAUCAUCUCCACGUUCUCUUGUAGGGAUUACUGUUAUGCUGAUUUUCGCUAAG